AUGGCUCAAUAAAUUGAUUUUGAUAACGAUAACUAAUUACCUUUUAAUACAAAUGGCUAUACAGAUUCAGCUGUUAUCAUGUGUUUUCAUUGUGAUCAAAUAGGAGAAACAAAAUUAGUAUACUAAAGAGGAAUGUGGACAUACUUGAUGUGUAUAGCAAUGUAAUGUAUAUGUGGGUUAUUUUAUUAAUUUAUUCUAAAGUCCAUUAGGUUCGGUUGUCUUGUUUAUGAAUGAUUGCAAAGAUAUCUAUCAUAUUUGUAGAAACUGUAAAGCUAUAGUUGGGAUUACUGAAAAACAAAUAAAAUUUUAAUGA